AAGGGUCUUUUUUUAGACAUUUCGGGGAAAAAUGAAGAAUGUUUUUAUGGGAUGGAGGGAUUAUCAUUUUUGGCUAAGGUAACGUUUAUUUUGGAUGACGAAGAACAUGCAUGGGUGCCAAUUGUCACAGUUCAUGAAUGUGUUGGGUUGCAUGCAAGAGGGACCUUUGAAAAUGACCAAAGUGUGUUUAGCAUUUAUUCACCAUCACCAAUCUUCUUAACUCAUCACCAAAUUCACUAAGGCCUCGUUUCAAAUUAUGAAAUUAGAAUUAAGGAUUUCAAUUCUAAUUCUGACUUACACAUUGAGAAAAAUUUGAUGAGUCAAAGUACUAAGAUGAACAGUUCCAAAAGUCAAAUGUGGACAAAUAUAGAAAAAAAUAUAGAACUUUAUUUGAACAAUUAUUACUAGUUGUCUCCAAAUGAAUUUCAGCGGCGCACACGAUUGGAACCACAGCGUGCUUCUUCAUGACCAAGCGCCUCUACAGCUUCUCCCCCAGCGGCGGCGGAUCCGAUCCGGCGAUCAAUCCGUCGUUUCUCGACGAGCUAAAGGCCAAGUGCCCGGAGAACGGCGACGUCAACGUCCGCCUGCCCAUUGACCACGGCAGCGGUCAGACGUUCGACACCCAAAUACUGCAGAACAUCCGGACCGGGUUCGCGGUUCUACAGUCCGACGCCCGGUUGUACGAGGACUCGUCUACCCGGAAUGUGGUGGAUUCUUACUUUGGCUUUUUACCGUUUUUGGGGCCCUCUUUUGAGACGGAGUUUGGAAAUGCGAUGGUAAAAAUGGGGAGAAUCGGCGUGCUUACCGGCUCUCAAGGUACCAUUAGGCGGGUGUGUGGAUCUUUUAAUUGAGAAUUAAUUAGUGUAUGAUAAUACCAAAAUAUGUAUACACACUUAUUAUUUUAUUUUUAUAUGUACAAAACAGUUCAGCUCUUUUAAAAAGAUAUCUCUCUUAUAGCUUCAUUUUUUUCAUUUUGACUUUUGUAGGCAAUGGUUUUAAAGU